AUGGCUACUGUCACUACCGGCACGGAUACCCAGAUACAGGCCCGGAAGUGCUACACACUGACAUGGGUCAGGUUCACUAAAAAGUACGAGUUUCACGCUUUCGAGCCCAGCAAGGAUCCCGGCAGCCCCAAAGGCAAGACCGCCUCCUACAUCGUCUCCUCCAGCGUCUUCAACCGAAGCAAGCCCCACCUGACCCUCCAUGUCGGCCCGGACGAGAAGACGGCACCCCCGGUCGCCUGCGUCUAUGAGCCCUUCUUCACUCGGAGUUGGAAGGUUGGGCUCGGAGACGUCGUGAACUUCCCCGACGCCGUGGUCUGGGAGGAUAUGCGGAAGGAGACGUGGAACUACUCCAAGCUCAGCUGGAGCACAGUCAGAAAGGACGGCACCCCUGUAAAUCUGGCGUGGAAGCGGACAGCCCACCAUGCUAUUGAUGGCAAGAGCCCAUCGCAGCUCAGUGCUCGGAACUUUAAGUUGGUUGAGGAGGAUGGGGGCGGGAGCGAAAUCCUCGCCGUCUUCACUCACGCGUUUAGCAUUUCGAUCUACGGGAGUGUCCAGAUCAAUGUGGACUGGGGCGACAACUUUGAAUACAUGGUUCUGAUGACUAUUAUGACUUUGACCUAG